CUUUCUGGAUUCCAGAAACUAAAUCUGUCAUUUAAUAUUAGAAAGGACAAAAAUGGUUGUGUUUUUGGGUUUUUGUUGUUGGCCAGUUCAUGUUCAAGGUGCUUACAUUUCAAACCUUGCAACCUAAUUUUGUUUGAAUAAAACCACUCCACAUUCAUUAAAAAGCCAAACAUAUAAACCCCUCUUUUUAGCAUUCAAUUUUCAAGAACCUUCUUUCAUUUCAUUACAUACAACAACAACUACUACUUUCCUAUCUUCCCAAAUAAAUGCUAUUUUUUUUUCUUGUCCUAUUGAUGAAACAAUAACCAUGGAGCUCAAACGCCUUUGUUUUGUUUUGCCUGCUGAUCUUGAUGAAACUGAUACAAUUGAUCAUGAAAAAAAAGUUGUACAACACAAACCAAAGAAAAAAAUUGAGUCUUUUCCCAAAAGGGGUUGUGGGGAGCAAGUUCUUGAUCAUGAAAAACAAGUUGAACAACACAAACCAAACAAAAAAAAUGAGUCUUUUUCCAAAAGGGGUUGUGGGAAUCAAGUUCUUGAUCAUGAAAAACAAGUAAAAAAUGAGUCUUUUUCCAAGAGGGGUCAAGUUCUUGAUCAUGAAAAACAAGUUGAACAACAAAAACCAAAGAGAAAAAAUGAGUCUUCAUCCAAAAGAGGUUGUGGGGGUCAAGUUCUUGGUUUUUUUCAAGAAUCAUUUUCUAAAUUACUUGAUUCCAAAUGGGUAACUUGCUGUCAUCAAGAUUCUGGGAAUAGGCAAUUUUCUGGUGUUUUUCAUGACACAGAAGGUAUGCAGCUAGGUGAAAAAGGUGGUGGUGAUAAUCAUCAUCAUAAUCCAAGGAUUUUCAGCUAUUCUGAGCUGUUUAUAGGGUCUAAUGGAUUUAGUGAGGAUGAAGUUUUAGGAAGUGGUGGAUUUGGCAAGGUUUUUAGAGCUGUUUUACCUAGUGAUGGAACAGUUGUUGCUGUGAAAUGUUUAGCUGAAAAAGGUGAAAAAUUUGAGAAAACAUUUGCAGCUGAGUUAGUGGCGGUUGCUCAUCUCCGCCACCGGAAUCUUGUUAGGCUUAGAGGAUGGUGUGUUCAUGAUGAUCAAUUAUUCCUUGUGUAUGAUUACAUGCCUAAUAGAAGCCUUGAUCGGAUUUUGUUCCGAAAACAGGACAAAACAGAUUCCCCUGUUCUUGAUUGGGAACGUCGAAAAAACAUAGUUAAUGGCUUAGCAGCUGCCUUGUUUUAUCUUCAUGAACAAUUGGAGACUCAAAUUAUUCAUAGAGAUGUUAAGACAAGCAAUGUCAUGCUUGAUUCACAUUUCAACGCCCGGCUUGGCGAUUUUGGCUUAGCUAGGUGGCUUGAACAUGAACUUGAGUACCAAACGAGGACACCUUCCAUGAAGAAUCAGCAAUUUAGAAUGGCUGAGACAACAAGAAUUGGUGGAACUAUAGGGUACUUACCUCCUGAAAGUUUCCAGAAAAGAGGUUUUGCCACUGCAAAAUCCGAUGUGUUUAGCUUUGGGAUUGUUGUCCUGGAGAUUGUUUCAGGAAGGCGUGCUGUUGAUCUUGCAUCUCCUGAUGACCAAAUCAUAUUGCUUGAUUGGAUUCGGAGACUUUCCGAUGAAAAAAUGGCUUUACAAGCUGGAGAUAGUAGACUUGUUGAUGGUUCUUACAAGCUUUCUGAUAUGGAGAGGCUAAUACAUAUUGGCCUUCUUUGUACACUUCAUGAACCUCAAUCAAGGCCUAGUAUGAAAUGGGUUGUGGAAGCACUCUCUGGCCAAAUAUAUGGUAAAUUGCCUGAUCUUCCUUGUUUUAAGUCACACCCUCUUUAUAUCUCUUUGUCAUCUCCAAGUAAUAGUACAACUAGCAACACAAGGUGUACUACCACAACCAGCAUGAGCACGACGCCCGGUUUCAACUCCACAAACUUCCUCACAGCCACAGGAGAUACCAUGUAUCUAAGUGCUGAAAGUGGAAGCAGCCAAAAUGAGUCUGGGAAUGGCAGUAGCAGGCGCCAAUCGAAUAACUUUUUGAUGGUUGAAACUCCAAGGGAGAUCACGUUUAAGGAGAUUAUUGCUGCCACGAACAAUUUUUCGGAUUCAAGAAGAGUUGCUGAGAUUGACUUUGGAACUGCGUACCGUGGCGUUCUUGAUAACAACCAGCAUGUGUUAGUGAAAAGGCUAGGGAUGAAAACUUGUCCUGCUUUAAGAGUGAGGUUCUCGAAUGAACUUCAGAACUUAGGACGAUUACGCCACAGAAACUUGGUGCAACUCCGCGGAUGGUGCACCGAGCAAGGUGAAAUGCUUGUUAUUUAUGAUUACUCCCAAAGUAGGCUUUUAAGCCACCUCCUUUUCCAUCAUAGGAAUAACAAUGCCACCAUCCUGAGAUGGCGUCAUCGGUAUAACAUUGUCAAAUCACUUGCGUCUGCUAUUCGAUAUCUGCAUGAGGAAUGGGAUGAACAGGUCAUACAUAGAUGCAUCACAUCAUCUGCCAUCAUUCUUGAUCCAGAUAUGAACCCGAGGCUUGGUUGCUUUGCUCUUGCUGAAUUCUUGACUCGAAAUGAACAUAGCCAUCAUGUUGUGGUUGAUAAAAACAAAUCAGUUAGAGGAAUUUUCGGUUACAUGUCACCCGAACACAUGGAUUCUGGUGAUGCAACAACAAUGGCUGAUGUGUAUAGCUUUGGUGUAGUUGUGCUUGAGUUAGUUAGUGGUCAGACGGCAGUAGAUUUCCGCCGACCUGAGGCUUUGCUGGUUAAUAGAGUACACGAAUUUGAGGUGCAGAAAAGGCCAUAUGAACAACUGGCAGAUUGGAGGUUGAAUGGAAACUUUGACUCCAGGGAACUGGUGAGGCUAGUCAAAUUAGGAAUGGCUUGCACAAGGUCCGACCCAGAAUCAAGACCGAGCAUGAGGCAGAUAGUGAACAUUCUCGAUGGACAUGAUGGCUGUUUAAUGGAAAAUGGACGAAAGAAGGAGGGACCAGAAGAAUGGAGAACAAGAAAUGCUUCUGCUCUGUCCCUCGUAAGGAGAAUUCAAGCUCUCGGUAUACAAUGAUUCACUCACCUAAGAUGUAAAAUAGUUACAUGUAGAUAGAUAUGAACAAUUAGUCCUCCAUGAAAAGAUGUCAUUAAGCUUUAUAUCUUAUCCCUUUGUUCUUCUAUUUAUUCAUGGUAGUCUAUUACCUGUGACAAGUUUUGAGUUGUAUGAUUAUGUUGCUUCUAGUGUGGACGACUUUGAUUGCAUUGUGGGAAUGGAAGAAUUAGAUAUGCAAAUUUUUAUGAA